UCGCGCUGGCACGCAUUGGGGAGGAGCAACCACUGCACUGCUGUCUCCCAAGCAAGAUUCGCAAGCACUAGGCUAUAGAAGCGGAAUAUAAUUUAGGCUAUAGGUGAACAGGUAUAGGCUUCCUUCGAAUAAGUUUACUGACGGAAAGAAUGCGACAGAUCUGAGAUAGGAAAAGAGCAAUUGAGGUCCGAUGUAGGCCUUCAGUUCAUGAACUGAAUACAAUUUUCGGACAGAUGGUGGUGACUGACUGCGGUAGGCAAGGUGGAGGGAGAGGUUAGUAACGAUAAACCGUUACUUUUAUUGGGCAAAUAAGACUCAAAAACCAAUCAUUUGUAAUGAUGAGCAGUUUAAAGGACAAACAGUCCUUUAACACUCCACCUGAAAGCGCGGACAACAGCGUGAGUGGUAGUGAAUGGGAUGUGGCAAGUGAUGUGUUUGUGUCUUGCUAUGAACAGCCGAUGGGCGAUGCUAUACAUGGUGGAAUGGAUUCGGUGCAGCCGGGUAUGGAUAGACAUUUGCCGCUGCUAAGAGAUCGACGUGGGCUAUCCCAGGACGGCUUGAUUUUAGGCCUGGAGGAAGUCUAUACAGACUAUCAUGCACGACUUAGUUCUGAUCCAGGAACGGCUUAUUUGGAAAUCACAGGCGACCCAAAUUACAGCGAAAGUGAUGGCAACAUCACCACGAAAAAGCGAAAUCGCUCUAACAGUUCCAGACACCGCGGGGAGGUUGUCACGGAGCUUGGACCAGAGGAACUGCGGUGGUUUUACAAGGAAGACAAAAGGACCUGGAAACCUUUCGUCGGACACGACUCUCUCAAAAUCGAGGUUGCUUAUCGAAAAUUCUGCGAACUUAAUCCGGACAAGGUCAGACGCCGGGGACCGUCUGAAUCGGAGGAUAUAAGUGGGUCGACUGGGGGGUCUGAGCCAGCGGGGGGUGAGACUGAGCCUGAGCCUGUGGACAGACUGCCCGUCAGUGACAGAGGGGACAGCGCGUGUUCAACGGUAGAUGUGGACAGCAUAGACGUUGACGUGGACGCCGUAUGCGUCAGAGGAGGUCUUUAUGAAGUUGACAUUAAAGAGAAGGAAUGUUACCCGGUCUACUGGAAUCAGCAAGACCGCAUACCGGUGAUGCGGGGGCAGUGGUUCACCGAUGGCACCUGGCUACCCCUGGAGGAGGAGGACAGCGACCUCAUCGAACUGGAGCACCUUGCACGUUUCAGGGGCCAGCAGAUGAGGGACACUUUUGAGACGGAAGUGGUGUCUACAACCGUGGACAUCAAGGAGUCGAUUCACAGCCUGAAGCUGAGCCGAAGCCACGUGGACUGGCACAGCAUAGAUGAGGUGUACCUUUACAGCGAUGCCACCACCUCCAAGAUUGCGCGGACUGUCACUCAGAAGCUGGGAUUCUCCAAAGCCUCGAGCAGCGGAACUCGACUUCACCGUGGAUACGUGGAGGAGGCGGCCCCUGAAGACACGCCACCGGAGACGACGCACAUCGUGUUUGUGGUUCAUGGGAUUGGCCAGAAGAUGGAUCAGGGUCGCAUCAUCAGGAACACCAGCAUGAUGCGAGAUGCAGCUCGCAAGAUGGAGGAGAAGCAUUUCUCUGACCGCACAAAUGAGCAUGUUGAGUUCUUACCUGUUGAGUGGCGGUCCAAACUGUCCCUGGAUGGAGACACUGUGGACUCCAUCACCCCAGACAAAGUGAGAGGACUGAGAGAUAUGCUGAACAGCAGUGCCAUGGACAUCAUGUACUACACCAGCCCCUUAUACAGGGAUGAGAUCACUCGCGGUCUAACCAAGGAGCUGAACAGACUCUACACACUCUUCUGCAAGCGAAACCCCCAGUUUGAAGAGAGCGGGAAGGUGUCCAUUGUGUCCCACUCCCUGGGCUGUGUCAUCACCUUUGACAUCAUGACGGGCUGGGACCCGGUGCGCUUCCACUACAUGGCCGCACAGGACACCGAGGACCUGGAGACGGGCAGGCCGGGCUUCGAGGAGCGUCGGCUGCUCGAGCAACUGCGUCUCACCCGGCUCAGAUUGAGGGAUCUGGAGGACCAGAUUCUAGGUCUGCAGACUCCGUCUUCAGAGGCUAUUCCAGCCCUAAAAUUUAAGGUAGAAAAUUUCUUCUGCAUGGGUUCACCUUUGGCAGUGUUUCUGGCCUUACGAGGCAUUAGACCAGGAGCUAAUGGAACCCAGGACCACAUACUACCUAAGUCUAUCUGCCAGCGCCUUUUCAAUAUCUUUCACCCAACUGACCCAGUGGCAUACAGGUUGGAGCCCCUCAUCUUGAAGCACUACAGUAAUAUCUCCCCUGUCCAAAUACACUGGUAUAACACGACCAGCCCCACGCCGUAUGAUCAGAUCCGUCCGACGCUGCUGAACCCUCUGAAGGAGAGCGCCUCGGUGUCUGACACAGAGAGCAUCCCCAGCCCCUGCACCUCCCCUCCACAGCCCCGCAGGCACUACGGAGAAUCCAUCACUAACCUGGGCAAGGCCAGCAUCAUGGGGGCGGCCAGCAUCGGGAAAGGACUGGGCGAGAUUCUCUUCUCUCGGUUCUCACGCUCGAGUGGCCAAGUGGGCGGUGUGGAGGAAGAACCCUCGGACUCCGAGGGCGGCACAUCUGAGCCAGACAACGUGGCGUCAGGAGAGGAAGGAGUGACAAACGAAGAAGAAGAAGAAGAAGAAAAGAUAGAGGAGAAAAAAGAGGCAGCCGACGUGAAAGAGGAGCCCGCCAUGUCCCAGUCCACCUCUGCAAUCAUGGACUACACUUCAUUGGAAAUGGAGAAUCGCAUUGACUUUGAGUUACGGGAGGGUCUGGUGGAGAGCCGGUACUGGUCUGCUGUGACGUCCCACACAGCCUACUGGUGCUCCCUGGACGUGGCUCUCUUCCUUCUGACUUUCAUGUACAGGCUGAACGAGAUGGAGGAGCCUGCCGACGACGCCAAUGCCGAAUCUUAACCCCUCUGUACAAACUCCUCCUCCUCCUCCUCCUUAACCACUUCCACUUUCCCACUCUCCCCCUUUUACCCACUCCUGCUAAACCCGGGAUUCCCUGUGCACUUCUGACACACUGGCCACUCUGGGCCAGACAGACCCUGCUCACUGUGCAUCCAAGAGCCUUUCCUCCUCAUUCUGUGGAGUUCACCUUCAAAAAAAAUCACACACACGUGUGCACAUACACACAAACAGACACAUAAAAAAUCACAGAGCAUCACCCCUCAUCGUGCCAUAAAUCCCUAGUGGUUCGUACGAAGACUGUUACCAACCUAAUCCCGAGCCCAUUGCCAUCGUCGAGCAGUCAUGUUAUGACUAUGACUGACAAAGAGACUUGUUUCAUUUCAGUGGUUACCACCAUGCAUCUGUACAUCCUGUGGGAUCUCUUGACAUUGCCGUUUCUCUCGUUGAACACUGAAUAGUAUGUUCUUGUCCAUCUCCAAAGUCCAAAGUUAAACUUGUGCUCCCUAAGGUGCCUCUGUUACCACUCAAGAGAAACGUCAGAAUCUAUCACACGCCAACCCGUUUUGAGAGGAAGACGUGAACACCAUACCUCCUGUUGGCUUAAUCAGUGAAGAACAAUAAGCAUAGUCUAAGGCCAAGGCCAUGCUGAAAUUGGGGAGUGCGCAGUGGGCAAAAACAUAGUCGUAGAAGAUGGGAUUAUUUUGUAUGUCUGCAGUGAAUAUGUGCCACUGUCACGCCUGGUGUAGCUAGUUCCAUGGAUUAUAGUGGAAUGUGAUUGUUGCAGCAUUCCCCACAUGAGCGUUCAGCUUCAGUUGUGUGACCGGCUAUAUGACAUGUUCCAUCGACAGUCUUCACGUGAGGUGCACCGAAAAAGAAAUCAAAAGAUUUUUCUAAUACCUGUUUGACUAUUUAACAAGCUCUCUGUUGCAUUUGGUAGGCACUGAACCUGAGGUAGAUGAGCUUUGUUAAAUGACCAGUGCUACAUUUUUUUUAACUGUAACAUGUAGGCCUGCCUCAAGUGUCCUCACUUUAGAGGAGUGUGUUUAGGUAUUUACAUGCUUUGGUUAUGCAUCUCAUUUGUUGCAUUGUGUGUCGGUGUACAGUGGUCUUAGCAUAAAAAACAAGAGGAAAUAGAUAUCAAGCACACCCUACUUGUGGCUUGAUUUAGAAAUAGGACAAACCCAAACCAUGUGUUCUUAUGUGCUGACCCUAAACACUCCUUUGUGGAUCAGGUGUGUGGACAUUUGGACUGGUACCACCUGGACACUUCCCAAAAUACCAUUUCCCCCCAAACAUUCUUGCACUACAAAAAAUAGUGUCAAUUUUUGUCACUGGUCACUGGUCCUUGGCCUGUCAUCUCUAUUUCUGUUUACAACACUAGUGACGUUGAGUUGAGGAUGGUGGUGAGAAGAAAGUCACUGUCAUGAUUGUUUACCAUUUGGAAUGUGGAUUCCAACAGUUUGCCAAAUUGGCUUAUUUUAUGAGUUUGGUUAUGGCAAAAUGGCUGAUUCAUACAUAUCCACCUGAAGACCUUAAAACAUAUAGAUGUGUUGGUCUUCUGGUUUGGGACUGACCCAGUGCUUAUUAAAAAAUAAUAUUAUGUGGAUUUUGCAUUUUUGCAUUGGGCAUGAUGCAAUUUGAAUGCAUAGUGAAUCCAAGGCAAGCUGCAAAAUCAUGUUGGAUGAAAUGUGCUUUGAGCACUAGACAUGGCAGUUUGUGCCAGGGAAACAUCCAUGCAAGGUUUUUUUCACAUUUUUUCACCAUUAGAAAGAGUGUAACUCUUAUCCCAAUGUGUCAUUAAUAACAGCUGAAUGGAAAUUAUAUAUUUAAGAGGAAGAAAAAUAAGAAAAGAAAAUGAUUAUGUUUAACUGAAAAUCACCUCAAUCACCCAUCACCUUUACAAAUGCAUCCAUGCCUGAUAGAAAACCUUCAGUUUAAUGCAAUGAUGUUUCUAGAAUGCAGCAUCAUUUAUUUAGUUUAUUUUUAGUUUGACACCAUCCUUAUGCCUUCAAAAGAAUCAGUAAAGUAAAAAGCACUUACCUUGUCCUUACCUCACCUUGAUAAUAACUUACCUUUGAAUGUGCCAACUACAUAAAAAGAGCCUCCAUUUUAAGAUGCUUGACAAUGGAGCACACAAGGCUGAGAGGAGCAGGGCGGCAGGCUCCCCUCAGCACUGCCUUGCUGCCUGCAUAGCAAACAAGGAAACUUUGUCCUUUAUGUUGACAUUUCCCCAUCAUAUCAAAACGUGUCAUGUUUACCGUUUUUAUGUAUUCCACCUGUUAUGUUCCCUCACCAAAUAAAUGCUGUGGUAUAACAGUCCACUUUUA